UACCCUUCCUGGCCCUCUCUUCUCUCACAUCUCUCGGACUUUCGUGCUCUCCCAUCGCCGUCAACUAUCUUACUCGCCUCUCUCCCCUCGACUCGGCUCUCAGCUAGCUGCUUUAGUUUCUAAAGGAUGGCUCCUCCAACUACAGGAGCCAAAUCUUUGAAGGAUUAUUUGAAAAAGUACGAGAGUAGCGAUGUUGAAGAAAAGAAAAGGAAGAAGAAGAAGAAGGCCAAGCCUGAAGCCAGAGGGGUUUUAGUAGUGGACGAAGAUCCUGUUUGGCAAAAACAAGUAAAUCUUGAAGAAGAGGAAAAUGAAGAUGAAACCGAGGAGAAGCCUCUGGUUGAUGAGGACAUUGAAGUUAAGAGAAUGAGGAGGUUGGAGCAAAUUAAGGCAAGACGUGCAUAUAACGCAAUCGCUGAGGAUGGCAGUGGUUGGGUUUCAUUAUCUCCGAAGCGUUUAGAUGUAGGCGAUGAAAAAUCUGAUAUUUCGCCCCCACGUAGACAGAGGACUAGGAAUGACUCACGUUCACCUGAACCUGGAUCCAUACCCUAUGUGUCGGAUAGAGAAGACAUCGAUAUGUCUCCUCCACGGCGAAGGAAGCGUCAUCACACACCUUCACCUGACCGAAAACGUGUUGAGCCUGUCGGUUUGGAUUCUGAUUUGUCACCACCACGUAAGCGAAAAGUACGGAAUGACUCACUUUCACCAGAAACUGAAGGUAGAGUUCCCAAAAAGCAGACUCAAGAUUUAUCCCCUCCGAGGAAACGAUAUCAUUCUCCGUCACCUGAACCUGGCAGGAAACCCUCAGGGUCGCUCGGUUUAAAUGACGAUUUGUCUCCACCUCGUAGAAAGAGGGAUAUUCGUUCUUCUCCUGACCAAAUUCUCAGGAAACGGAACAAGGGUUUGUCUCCUUCCCAUAAGAGGCGGUAUCAUUCUCCAUCACCUGAACCAAGCAUAUCGCAUGGUUUGAAGGGUGAUUUAUCUCCGCCUCGUAGAAGAAGAGAUAUUUCUGGUUCUCCCGAUUCAGAUCUUUCACCGCCAAGAAAAACCAAGGAGUAUGCACAACCUUCUUCUAGAAAUUUGCCCGCAAGUACAGAUUUGGAUAUUUCUCCUCCAAGGAAAUCCGGCAGAAGAUUACCGCUUCCUCCGAGAGCUAAAGAAGAAAUAAAAACUGGUUUGAUUUCCGGCCGCGAUAUCCAGGCUGAGAAUGUGAAAACCAAGAAGAACGAAUUUUUGAGGUUUAAAGAAAUGGAUCCUAUGCUAAGCGGGGAAAAGGCCGAAGGGGUGUUCCGUGACAAGAUCACAGGGAAACGUAUAUCAAAGGAGGAGUAUAUGAAAUCAAAGAAAAAGGUGGAAGAAAAGCCAAAGGAGAUAAAAGUUGAAUGGGGAAAGGGUUUGGCCCAGAAGCGUGAAGCAGAGGCUAGAUUACAAGAACUUGAGCUCGAGAAGGACAAGCCAUUCGCCCGGACCAGGGAUGAUCCGGAACUCGACAACAUGCUGAAGGACAGGAUUAGAUGGGGCGAUCCCAUGGCUCAUCUGGUCAAGAAAAAGCGACAUUCUUCUGCUCUGCUCGAUCUGGGGGCGGAUGAGAAAAUGAAAGAGUCGGGUUUUGUAAUUCCGCAAGAGAUUCCGAGUCAUAGCUGGUUAAAGAGAGGAUUAGAAGCUGCACCGAACCGAUAUGGGAUCAGACCCGGAAGGCAUUGGGAUGGAGUUGAUCGCAGUAACGGGUAUGAGAAGCAGCUGUUCAAGAGGAUGAACGAGAAAACAGCAACCGAAAGGGAAGCUUACCUUUGGUCUGUUUCUGACAUGUGAUCCCCCCAAAAACAGAUAUAUUAUAUAUAUAUAUAUAUAUAUAUAUAUAUAUAUAUAUAUCGUUUAUACUCGAAACCUUUGUGAUGAUAUAUAUUUUUUUUCAUUCAUUGGUUUAUUUGUUACUUUUUUGUUUUUUGUAUUGUUUGAUGCUUAGAUAUGUUAGUAUUAUUGUCACCAUCAUGUGGUUGUUAAUGUUAAUUCUAUGGGUCAGAGGCCAAACCCUCUCUAAUCCAGAUUGGAAAAUCUUUAUAUUUA